CGUUUGUCUCGCUUCUCUCGCGAGAAGUUCCGUACUUGUGCUUUGUGCUAGCAAGAAAAACGCAGAAGUCUGCUGGCUUUGAGAGCAACUUUACCGGGGAGAUAUGAGUGCAACACUCACACAUGGGGCGAUUGAAGCCCUGUACAAAGGCUCAGAGGUGCAAAAUCCCGUGCUGCAGCUGCUGAGCAUGCGUACAAUCCCUACUGCAUCAGGUCCACCCAGGUUCCGGCUUAUGAUGAGUGAUGGUCAGCACUAUUUGUCUUCCUUCCUCCUGGCCACCCAGUUAAAUGAUCUGGUAGAAGAGAACCUCCUUGUACCAAACUGUAUGUGUAUGUUGAAGAAGACUGUCACCAACACAUUGUCAGAUGGCAGGCAUGUGGUGGUUGUGAUGGGCAUGGAGAUAUUGCAGUCAGCUGAGGAAACUGGAGGGAAGAUUGGAAAUCCCACUCCAUAUAAUACAGAUGAUAAGACUCCACAGACUUCGGUCUCAAGCUCCUCUGUCUCAGGAUCUCCUCCAUCAGCUGCAGUACCUGGACCCUCCUAUAAGAACAACAGCGCAGCCCCUUCUCCUCCCCGAGGCCGUGGAAGAGGUUUUGUGGGAAAGUCACCCAUGAAGGCUUCAUCCACAACAUUUUCACCCAUGAAGGCUUCACCCUCAAAGUUUUCACCCAUGAAGCCUUCACCCACAACAACUUCACCUUCAAAGUUUUCACCUGCAAAGGGUUCACCCUCAAAGUUUUCACCCUCAAAGUUUUCACCCAUGAAGUUUUCACCCAUGAAGGGUUCACCCAUGAAGGCUACCAGUAGUUCUCCAAGUUCUUCAGUGAUUCGUAUUGCCAGCCUCAACCCCUACCAAAGCAAGUGGACUAUCAGAGCCCGAGUCACCAACAAGUCCAACAUCCGCACCUGGAGUAACUCUAAAGGAGAGGGCAAGCUCUUCUCCUUUGACAUUGUGGAUGAGAGUGGAGAAAUCAAGAUCACGGCCUUCAACAAGGAAGCGGACAAGUUUUUCCCUCUAGUGGAGCAAGGCCAGGUGUACUACAUCUCCAAGGCGACGCUGAAGGUGGCCAACAAACAGUACACCACACUGAAGAAUGACUAUGAGAUGACCCUCCACGCUCAUUCAUCCAUCGUACCUUGUGAUGACGGUCAGGACAUCCCCACAGUCCACUGUGACUUUGUGCCUAUCGCAGAGCUGGAGAAUAGAGACAAGGACACCAUCAUUGAUGUUAUUGGAGUGUGUAAGAGUGCGGAAGAUGUAUCCCGUAUCACCACUAAGUCCAGCAGAGAAGUCUCCAAGAGGGCCCUCAACCUAAUAGACACAACCGGCAAAGUGGUGACAGUUACACUGUGGGGAGAAGAGGCAGAGAAGUUCGACGGCUCUGGGCAGCCUGUGGUUGCCGUCAAAGGAGCUCGCUUGUCUGAUUUUGGGGGCAGAUCGCUCUCUGCUUUGUUCAGCUCAACAGUCAUGGUCAACCCAGACAUACCGGAGGCCUUUAGAUUGAGGGCUUGGUAUGACCGGACAGGCUAUGCGCUCCACAGCCAAUCCCUGACAGACACAAGGUCAGCAGGCAGCGGAGCAAGAAUGAACUGGAAAACACUGAGCGAUGUUAAGACUGAACAUAUGGGACACGGAGAGAAGGCAGACUAUUUCAGCUGCGUGGCGACAGUGGUUUACAUUCGGAAGGAGAAUUGUCUGUACCAGGCCUGUCCAUCUGCAGAUUGCAACAAGAAGGUCAUAGACCAACAGAACGGGCUGUACCGCUGCGAAAAGUGUAACAGAGAGUUCCCCAGCUUUAAAUACAGACUCCUACUUUCUGCCAACUUAGCAGACUUCGGGGAUAACCAGUGGGUGACAUGCUUCCAGGAGACAGCAGAGGCCUUGUUAGGUCACAGUGCAGAAACACUGGGACAGUACAGAGAGACCGAUGAGACUGCAUUUGACGAAGUCUUCCAGAAAGCUAACUUCACAACGCACAUCUUUAAAAACAGAGUCAAGCUGGAAACGUACAAUGAUGAGAGUCGAGUGAAGGUAACUGUAAUGGAAGUCCAGCCAGUCGACCACAGGGAGUACAGCAGGAGACUCCUCAGUAACAUUCGCAAAUUGGCCAGCUGAACUGGGUCCCAGUCAUCCAAACGGCUGCCUGGUAAUUGAACGUGUCUUCCACUGGUCUCUGACUGGUGUCAGCUUUUUCCACCAGCGAGAUAACAGCGUAUCUGGCAGAGGCAGCAGAGGGACAAUCAGUGAGUCAUCUGGUUAAAUGGCAGCCAAACAAAAGACUGAUAUUUAGUUGUUCACUUCCUUUUAACAGACCAGGUGGGAAGCACUGGAAAUGUAAUGGAAAUUACUUUUAGAUCUAAUUUAAUGACAGAAAGAAAGAAAAAGAAAGAGGUUUGUGCAUUAGGUUACGUGGAAGUGUGUUUUAGACCUGCUUACAUUUUUAUGCCUUUCAUUUAUCGUAUACACCGAGAUCACAGCGUUUCUCAGCGUCUCUUUUUUUUUCACAAGUGACUCAUGUCUUUGUUGGCAAAUGUGUGUUGGUGAUGCUCCCUGUUAGUUGAAUAAGACAUUGAUGAGUCAGAUUUUUUAAAUUUUCAUUGUUCAAUUUUAAAAAUGAAGCCAUAGCAAAAGUGUGUGGGAGAUGCACGUGUUUGCAUUUGUUUUAAUAGUGUUCACAGUGUUUACUGCUUGUUAAACUGUUUCUUUGUUUUAACUAGAAAAAAAACAGUUUGGUCUGUUGUCUGGCCUCCAAAAAAUAUGCAACAAGGAAAGGGUGAUUAAAAACAUAUUAAGAUAAAAA